AUGUGGAGUGCAGGGCGCAAUGUGUCAAGCUCUGCUCCCUUAAAUCAGACACCUCGGGGCUCACAGGUUCCCCCCGAGUCACCAGAGGUGCAAUUGGCUUCACAUCGGGACACUCUAAGCCUUCCUCAUGGGAUAAACGCCCUUGAAACUAAUGUCGGACCGACCAUCGCCAAUAAUGGCGAGCCAUUCAUCAAGGAAGAGAGCUAUCGCGGCCGCAGUGAAUAUGUGGGCGGCAGCGUCCCGUUUGAUGAAAAUAUGGUCAAACCCGGUCGCGAGACUACAUACACCAACCCCAAAGCCUCAGCGUCUGAUUUACAAAUGCUCCACGAUCAAGGGGCUUUUGAAUUGCCUCCAAUAACAGUUCAAAAAGAGCUAAUGGCAAGUUUCGAUACGCACUGUGCACCCUGGACACCGGUUGUGGACCCAAAAUGGCUGGACGAGAGUGCGCCGCGAUCAAUGCUGCUCCUGCAAGCCAUUUUUCUCGCUGGGAGCAGAGUCUCCAAAGCUCAUUUGGACUACGGGUCCAGCGAAGUAUUUUACCGCCGAGCAAAACUGCUUUUCUUCUUUGGUGGCUGUGAUAAUCCUUUGGUUUCUAUCGUGGCCGCCUGUCUGUUGCAUUGGUACAAUCCGGUUGGGCCUGAGGAUGUGUCUACCGAUACGAGUGGCUUUUGGAUUCGGACAGCUGGUGCAAUGGCCUUUCAGAUCGGGCUACAUAAAGAACCGUCGCCAAAUUCACGAGAUCGUGGGCUUCGGAGAAGGCUGUGGUGGUCCCUAGUGGUGCGCGACAACAUAAUUUCGGUGGGCGUUGGCCGACCAAGAACCAUCAAUUUACGCGACAGCGAUGUGCUUCCACCAUCACUGAAUGAUUUUCCUGUUAACAAUUUCAAAUCUCGAUUGUUCUUGGCCUACUGUACGAUCUCACGACUUUUGGGCGACACCGUUGAAUCACAUCUGCGACAAGAAAUCACCCGACAAAGACAGGUUGAUCUUGAGAAUGCCGUCUACAGAUGGGCGAAACAGGUCAUUCCGAAGCUACGAUCAUCUGUCGCUGCUCAAGAAGAUGCAGGCAUCUGUAACCUCGAAAUACAGCAGAUGCUGAUCAUGUAUUUUGUGGUGCUUACUAUUCUUCAUCGCUCCCCUACACCUGGUGGUGUACCACCUGCAGCAUCAUUAAUCGCAUCUUCAUUCAUUGCUGGGAUAUACGAGGAACUUUUGCUUCGUGAUGAGCUAAGAUAUCUUGGGCCCGUCUUCGCCUUCUAUCCAUUAUGUGCUGGCCUGUCCCUCCUCUCUAGCUGCCGCUACACCCAUCUGCAGAGCACCGCCGAACAUGAAUUAACAGUCAUGAAGCUCUCCCUACAAAAGCUAUCCGAGAGGUGGCUGUCGGCGGUCGGGCCCUUGCGUGCUCUGAAUCAAUUAACUGAAAAAGUUCGGGAGCUAGGUCCGUUCGAGGGGCCAUCACCUACCCUCGAUCCGGACGCAGCGUCGUUCUUCGAAGGAUUCGACACAAAACUCUGCAGACAAUGGAAAUCCAUUGGACAUUCGUCAGAGCCCACAAACGGAAAUGCAGGAAUUGCGCCCACAUAUAAUUUGGCGGAGAUCCACGAUCCGAAUGAUCCACUUCGGCCCCUUGAUGCACCGUCCGGACAGCCAGUGGAUACUUAUGAUUUUGCUUCCCUUGAGGUCAAUUUAGAUCCAUUCAGCAAUAACUGGGAAGGGGCUGGGUUUGAUUGGAGCGGCUCCUGGCUACUCAAUAUAUGA